AUUGACACAACAAAUGAGUCCCAAUUGAGGGGUGCGUUGAGUGCACUGUACGGCGAUCUAUUGCUCACGUGUCCGACCUAUCAUUUCGCCAAACAAUUUGCCAAAAGUGGACAAAAUAGUAGUGCAUUUAAUAUAAUUGAUCUAGGUGUUUGCACCGGCGAUACUGUAUGUCACGGGGCGGACAGCGCUUUUGUGUUUGGACUUCCCCUCAUAAAUCAGCAAAUGUUUACGGAAACUGAUUAUGACUUCAGUAUUGAAAUAAUGAAGAUAUGGACAGAUUUUGCCAAAAAUAGAAAACCACACAAUGUUUGGCCGAAACUAAUAGACAUUUCGGACGCGAAUUCAGUGCCAAAAGUGAAAGACUUGAAUCCCAACGAUAUGUCACUUGUUUUGGAUAAUCCUUACGGAAUGAGUGUAAUAGUGUGUUGUCGUGAAUACGAGUUCGGGUGGAGUGAGGGGACAGACACUGANGUCGUGAAUACGAGUUCGGGUGGAGUGAGGGGACAGACACUGAAUGUUGUGAAUCACUUCAUCAAUCAAUUCUUGAAUAUACCUUAUGCUGAGCCCCCGGUGGGCCCACGAAGGUUCAGUCCACCACAACCCCUCAAAACCCCUAAACAGGACAUAAUUGAUGGUACGUUACCCGGAAACUCAUGUAUACAGCCUGUGAUGGAAGGCUGGGAAAUGGUGAUGGGUCAAAUCACCACAAGUGAGGACUGUUUGGUACUAAACGUAUGGACACCUAAUGUGGAGAAUAAGAGUCCUUUAAAACCCGUCAUGUUUUUCAUAUACGGCGGGGGAUUGAGUUUGGGCUCAAUAUUUCAAAAGAUGAAUAACGCCAGUGCUUUGGCCACCAAUGAUGUGGUCGUUGUUUCGGUCAACUAUAGGGUCGGACCCUUAGGUUUCCUAUACGGUGGCGAUGAGACCAGUCCUGGAAAUUUGGGAUUAUAUGACCAGUUGUUGGGUCUUAAAUGGGUCCGAGAUAAUAUUCAUUUAUUUGGUGGGGAUAAGGAUGAGAUUACUAUUUUUGGUAUAAGCGCCGGCAGUUGGUCCGUAUCGGCACCAGUG